CGGUAGAACGUAGUAACCUUCCGGAGCUGCCUCACCCCUUCACCCCCUCGUCCAAUCCUUUAGGUUGAUGCCAAUCUCCCAUCUGACUGGCAACGAUGCGCGAUAUCCGUGGUGGAAUGGAGGGAUGCUGUCACGCAGAUGGGUUGGUCCAAGGGUCUUUUCGAUCUGAUUGGGAAGAUGUUUGGUUGUUAAGGGACCACUACAAACCAAGGGUUCGAUUUCUGUGCACGGCCGAACCGAACCGGUUCACCACGCGAGAAGCGCGGCCACCGGCCCGCGCACCUCCAGCCUACAAAUUUGAAACGGACGUCUCGAAGAUCACGGCGGAGGUGCGCGAGUCUCGGGCGGGGCAGCGGCACGCGGAGCUCUGGCUGGAGAAGAGCCUGGCGGAGGUGGACGCGGUCCACGCUGUAUUGGCCUACGAGCGCUCCGCCGUGGCCGCCGCGGCCGCGUCACACAACGCCCUGGCGCAACAGAAGCAGCAACAGCAGCAGCAGCAGGCGCCGUACCCGGUGGACCAUUCGAUGCACACCCCUGACCCGACCCCGAAACUCCGCCCGCACUCGCACCCCCCGUUCCCGGCGUACGGCGGCGGCGGCGGUGCUACUGGGAGCAUGUGUAGUCCAGAGGUAGCAGUAGGUCCUACGGUGCAAACGCCCACCCCGGAGUCGCCGACGUCUAUCGUGGCGGGUCUCGGUGGUGGGGACGGCGGUCCUGCUGCUGCUGCUGCUGCUUCGGCGGUGGCGGCGACGGCGCCCCCGCAGCCAGCUGCGUUCCCCGCGACGCCGCCGACUUCGCCGAUACGGAGCCGGCAUGACAGCGGCGUGGAGACGCCGGACCUAGACGUUACCAGGCCGGAGCUGUUCUCCGCCACACGCCUGCGGUCGAGGGUAGGGGGACGAGGGUUAGGAAUGAUGACGGAGGAUGUCGACGCCGCCAGCGACUACAACUACGACGACCUCGCGGUGACCACGGUCACUCGAAGAGGCGGUGGACACCAGAGCGAGGUCCUCUCCCCGCCCACGCCCACCGUCCUGUUCGGCGAGCUGGCGGGAGACAGCGGGUCCACGACGUGGAGGGUGAGUUCGACCGCGGCGGCGGCAGCACGGCCGCCGCACGUGGUCAGUGGCGGUGACGAUGGUGGCGGUGUCGACAGCAUUAACGGGCCGCCGCCGGCGGACGCAACGGCGAUAGUCAAGGGCAGCAACAACAGCAGCAGCAGCAGCAGCAGCAGCAGCAGCAAGGUCAGGGAAGACGUGGCGGCCUCCUUGUUGUCCAUGCUCCGGCUGGAAACCAGCAAGCGCAAGCAGGCGGAGGCGAGGGCGGCCGAGCUCGAAGCUGCGUCUGCCGCGGCUACGGCGGCGGCGGCGGUGGCCACAACCGAGGCGGAAGAAACCGCCACCGCCACCCCUUCUUCCCCGCCCCUCGACGUGGACAAGGGCAUCCUCGGUGGUGGCCGUGUCGGUGUCGGUGUCUUCAAUGGAGGCGUUGUUCGUCCAUGCGACGAGCAGGCCCACGGGAGCGGCGGUGGCGCGCCCAUGGCUGGCAACGACGACGGGCAACAGCAGCCGAAGCAGCCUUACCCCGACUGGUUCGCGCACUACGCCAGGGUGGGCCAAGAGAAGCAGGAAGCGGAGAUCUUGAGGCUUGUCAGGGACGCGCGCGAGAAGAUGGUUUCCGGCGGCGGCGGCGGCGGGGGGGGUCAGGGCUGCGGCGGCAAGCCCGCAUCAGCUGGUGGUGGUGGACCGCUUGGUGUUGAAUCGAGCACCAGCAGCAGCGGCGGCGGCUGCGGCACCAGCAACCCGUCGACCGAGGUAGCCUCCCUGAUCCGCCAGUUCGACGAGAAGCUAUCGCGGUCCCUGGAAGAGAACACCCAGCUAAGAGUCUUCUGCUCCCACCUGGAGGGACUGCUAGCCUCCAACCCCGCGCCCAGUACCGGAGGAGGGGUAAGGGCGGGGGCAGCGAUGCCCACCGGAGGCUGUGGUCGUCAGGCCGACUUCGGGGUGGGCUGUUGUAGCGCCGACGUCGCCAACGGCGGGACCGCUAUCAAGUGCCGCCCGAGCCCCCCUUUGUCGUUGCGUCGGGACCCGCCGCCGGGCGGAAAAGCUAGGAAGGCGGCGGCGGCGGCGGCGGUGGCCGAACCAUUCCAAGAUCUUUGGUAAUGGUUGUUUUGUUUUGUUCUUUUUGGGUUUUUGGGGAAUCUGUUGGGUAGUAGGCCCUUGCUCGCCGGACAAGCCACUACAAGUUGAUUGGCCACCGCCGUGCGUUUCUUUGGAGGUUUGUUUUUGCAAGCAACAUUUGUGUCCUUUUGUGACUCCUCGGCGUUGGUUUUGCGUUUGGUUUUGAUUGUGGAGGUCGGUGGUAGCCUCAUCUAUCCCGACGUGUGUCGAGCGUUUGCUUCCUCGACGCCGGAUGUGGUAACCUCCUUCACUGUUUUUUUCCCGUGCGCGAGUUUCAUCGAUUCCGCCACGUCUUUCUUGCGUGCAACACCUGCUUCUUUUUAUUGCUUGCGCCAUCAAGUUUUGCCAGCUUCCCAAGUUAGUCGAACUGUAUCGAGUGAGAGGACAAAGCUGGCGCACCUCAAUCAAUAAGUGUAUCAUCAGACAACGAGGCAAAGCUUAUACCCUUUUUUGUUAGUAUUCUCAACGUUAAAGAAUGGUGGCGGUUCGGUAGCCUAGCGAGCUCAUUUAGUAAUUCAUGAAGCGCCGUUUUUUAUUGUUAUUUGCGGGUGGGGUGGGGUGGGGUGGGGUGGUGUGGUGCGGUAGGGGACAGUGUUCGUUCGAGCAGGUGGUGUGUCCCCCCCAAUGCGUGCUAAAAAAUGUUUUUUCUACGUGUGUAGUUUUUGUUUGUUUGCUGGCCUGCUUUAUUCCAUGCCCUUCGUCCCAUUUGACAGUUGCUUGGGUGAACUUUUUAGCCAUUUUUCCCAGUUGCCCGUGGUGAUUUGUCCGGGGUCUUUUGGAGGUAGAGCGGGACCUGGUGUACUCGGUUUUUGAGGAAAUGUUUUGGCAUGCCAGGACUGACAAGACAAAGUAGAUCAGACUCCUACUGGCUUGAAGACGGUGUUGCAGCGUGUACACAGAGCGUGUAAGGAUGGGAAAAAUUCUGUACCGGGGCUUUGCCACCUGGACCAUAACUCAAACUUCCGGGCCUGUGGCCGAAAGUCGUAAGUACACUACGCCAACUGGAAGCAAACUGGGUCUGGGGUAUUUCAUUCAUACCUGCGUGUUGCCCUUGAUUUGAUUGUAUGUGUGAAGGAUGUUGCCUUUUUUUUUGCUCCGCCCGUCUCACCGACAAUCGCACACCUGUUUUUGCCGCCGCCCAUCUUCCCUGAAGCAACAGGAAAUAAACACUGGUCGGAGUACGUGUGUGUUUGAUGUUGUUGUCCUCAACCCGGGGUUUGCGUUAAUGGUUAAGGUUUUUGGUGCUGCCGUUCAGCCAUCCUGGCUUGUGUAUCAUGCCAAAAUUCUAAAUUUAUGCGGUUUCAGAUUGGAGGUCAGUCAAUAUCGUUCCCAAGUUCUCGUGUGUUCGUUUACUCCUGGGCGGUUGGUAACACCCGAUCUUUGGAGUGAUGUGGUGGGUGGACUGGGAUUCCCUCCCACAACAUAGAUUAUGCCGCCGCUGCUGCACACCUAGGACUCUACUUCGUAACUGCUGUACACGAUUGAUUAUGCUGCUAUGUAGGUUGCAGGUCACGGUCGGCAUGAUGUUCCGAACGUGUGCUUCAUUCCCGGGUGGGUUGGCUGUGCCUAUGAGGUGGUUUGUCGACAUGUUGUUCCGAAGACAGAGGUGAUAAUGCUGAUUAAUUGAAAACGAAAAUCAACGCCC